UCCUUCCAUCUCCAGAUGGAAAAUGUAUACACCUAACUUUAUAUGUAUAUAUAGACACACACAUAUACUAUGUGUGUGUGUGUGUGUGUGUGUGUGUGUGUGUGUGUGUGUGUAAAUAUGGUAAAGUAUUAAGAUUUGUUAAUUUGAGGAGUGGAAAUAUGAAUGUUCAUGGUUUUUUGGUAUUUUAUGUCUUUUAAUGCUCUCAAAAGAUGAUGCUAGCGAUCGUAUGCACACAUGUAUGCACAAUGCAUGUGUGUAUUUGUGUUUAUUUGUGCUAAUUGACUCCUCCUAGUAAGCCUAUGAAUCAGGAGCCAUUGUCCACAUCCUCUUUUUACAUCUGAGGAAACUGAGGCACAGGAAGCUGAGGCUGGUCCAGGAUCACGCAGAUGUUCAAGAAGAGAGCUAGAAAUCCAGCCUCAGCAGUUUGUGGCCAGGUCAUGCCCAGGGCCCUUGCUUUUAACAAACUAAGGGAGAUGAGCUAGCAAGUAGCUUGAGGGAAAGGCCAAAACUGAAGAGUGUUUUUAGGAUGGGGAAUGAGCUUAGUUAGGGGUUGAGGGGAAGGAACAAGUGGGGAGGGGAGGGAGGGUCUGAGAAAGGCUGGGCUGUACAUAGAGGGGGUGCUGUCCAGAUCACAGCGGUCAGGAUUCGCCAAGCACGGAAAGAGACAGGAGUCCUGACCUGACGCUAGAGAAAAGGAGGCUUCUUUGGAAAAUCGAAGGCAAGGUCACCUGCAAGGAGGCUGAGGGGGUGACAGGGAAGCAGCCACACUGGUGGCCUCAUGAGUGACCUGCGGUUCUCCAGGUUGGUCGGGGGAGGGGUCCCACAGGGAACGAGGGGAAGGGGAGAACGGCGGGCUGGCUGGCAGCUCUGUUCUCACUCCAAGUUUGCUGAAAACUCUACUGCUAUUUUGACAGACAGACCCAGGACCCAGGGCCCAGAACCUAUGGGUGCACUCAGGGGCCCCGGGCAGUGAUCCUGGAGCCCAGGGGUCCACAGAGCAGGGAAGAGAGCAUCGUGUCCACACAGCAGGGAAGGGAGCAUCGUGUCCACACAGCAGGGAAGGGAGCAUUUGUCGUGACUGGACAGUGGUGACUGGACAGAGGGAGGGAGAGCUGCAUCUGUCCCCACCGGACACAGGCUGGAGAGUCACAGGCUCCUCCUCCUUCCCCUCCAGAGAGGGUGUGUGUGUGUGUGUGUGAGAGAGAGAGAGAGAGAGAGAGAAAUUGAGAGAGAGAGAGUGAGAGCGGGAGAGGGCAGCGUGAGCCUGUGUGCUUGCGAGCUGAGCCCUCAUUCCUUCCUGGGGUCAGGCUUGGGUUUCACCUGCAGAAUCGCUUGAGCUGGGCUGCCUGGGCUGCCCUCCUUAGUGACACUUGCGUGAAGCCUCUCUGGCUGCCAGAACUGGGCAGCCCCAGAAAAACCGACCUCUCUGCAGAGCUUGCCCAGCCGUCCCCGGGAAGCCAACUGCCUGUCACGGUAAGUCCUCCUCUUGAUGGGGUGUCUCCUAAACCCUCACGCUUCAGCCUCUGUUUGCCCAUGAAAUGAAAUGACUGAGCUCUAUUCUGUACCUGCCACUCUAUUUCUGGGGUGCCUUUUGUAGGCUUCCCAGAAUCUCCAAGCCAGGCUGGUUCUUUGCAUCCUUUGAGCGACCUGUCUUCUUCUGUAACCACAGGUUUGGUGGUGACAGGAAGCCUCGCAGAAUCCAGCUGCAACUCUGCUGGGGACACGGUCCAAGGAGCAACCACAGCAAAGCCCUGAUCUGAACUCCUGAUGCUCAGGGGAAGCCAUGGGCCCCUCCUGUCCUGCUCUUUUGUCCUUCACGAAGCUCAGCCUGUGGUGGCUCCUUCUGAUCCCAGCAGGUGGAGAGGAAGCCAAGCACCCACCUUCCAGGGCUCCCGUAGAGCCCCUCUCCUCUCCCAGCCCCACGGUGUUGCCGCAGGGAGGCUCCCACACCCAGGCUGAGGACCGGCUCUUCAAACACCUCUUCCGGGGCUAUAACCGCUGGGCGCGCCCCGUGCCCAACACCUCGGACGUGGUGAUCGUGCGCUUCGGACUGUCCAUCGCUCAGCUCAUCGACGUGGAUGAGAAGAACCAAAUGAUGACCACCAAUGUCUGGCUAAAGCAGGAGUGGAGUGACCACAAACUGCGCUGGAACCCCGCAGAUUUCGGCAACAUCACAUCCCUCCGGGUCCCUUCCGAGAUGAUCUGGAUCCCCGACAUUGUCCUCUACAACAAUGCAGAUGGGGAGUUUGCAGUGACCCACAUGACCAAGGCCCACCUCUUCUCCACGGGCACUGUGCACUGGGUGCCCCCGGCCAUCUACAAGAGCUCCUGCAGCAUCGACGUCACCUUCUUCCCCUUCGACCAGCAGAACUGCAAGAUGAAGUUCGGCUCCUGGACCUAUGACAAGGCCAAGAUCGACCUGGAGCAGAUGGAGCAGACAGUGGACCUGAAGGACUACUGGGAGAGCGGCGAGUGGGCCAUCGUCAAUGCCACAGGUACCUACAACAGCAAGAAGUACGACUGCUGCGCCGAGAUCUACCCCGACGUCACCUACGCCUUCGUCAUCCGGCGGCUGCCGCUCUUCUACACCAUCAACCUCAUCAUCCCCUGCCUGCUCAUCUCCUGCCUCACCGUGCUGGUCUUCUACCUGCCCUCCGACUGCGGCGAGAAGAUCACGCUGUGCAUCUCCGUGCUGCUGUCGCUCACUGUCUUCCUGCUGCUCAUCACCGAGAUCAUCCCGUCCACCUCGCUGGUCAUCCCGCUCAUCGGCGAGUACCUGCUGUUCACCAUGAUCUUCGUCACCCUGUCCAUCGUCAUCACGGUCUUCGUGCUGAAUGUGCACCACCGCUCCCCCAGCACCCACACCAUGCCCCGCUGGGUGAGGGGGGCCCUUCUGGGCUGUGUGCCCCGGUGGCUUCUGAUGAACCGGCCCCCACCGCCCUUGGAGCUCUGCCACCCUCCAGGCCUGAAGCUCAGCCCUUCUUAUCACUGGCUGGAGACCAACAUGGAUGUGGAGGAGCGGGAGGUUGUGGUGGAGGAGGAGGACAGAUGGGCGCGUGCAGGUCACGUGGCCCCCUCCGUGGACACCCUCUGCAGCCACGGUCACCUGCACUCUGGGGCCUCAAGUCCCAAGGCUGAAGCUCUGCUGCAGGAGGGUGAGCUGCUGCUGUCACCCCACAUGCAGAAGGCACUGGAAGGCGUUCACUACAUUGCCGACCACCUGCGGUCCGAGGAUGCCGACUCUUCGGUAAAGGAGGACUGGAAGUACGUCGCCAUGGUCAUCGACAGGAUCUUCCUCUGGCUGUUUAUCAUCGUCUGUUUCCUGGGGACCAUUGGCCUCUUCUUGCCUCCGUUCCUAGCUGGAAUGAUCUGACCGCACCUCCCUCGAGUUGGCUGCCAGGGCACCACUGCUGACCAUCUUUUGACCAUCUCUGCUGCAGCUGCCUCUAGUGUCCCCUUUGCGGUCAGCAGGUGCCUCUCUGUGGAGUCCUGACCCUGGCCCCGGUAUCGCAGGCUUCCAUCCAGCUUAACAGGAUUGUAUCAGGGCUGAGAGCCUGCUGGACAAAAAGCCCUGUUUUGGAUGCUGAGGAGCUAGGGAAGUUCUGCAGAAGGUCACAAGAUGGUGGUGACCAAGUGGAGCAGAGUCGGAUUCUCCUGGAGGAGCGGUGCAGACCCCAAGUGACAGAAGAGUCAACCCGGGGGAUGCUGGGGCCAGGGUGAUGAGGAAGGGAAGGCAGACCUCAAAGGAGGGGUCGUGGGGCAAAGGGGAGGGUUCCUUGGGGUGGAAGGGCUCUGAACGAUGUUUGGAUUUGGGAAUGAGCCCAAAGUGCCAGAACAGCCAGGCGAGGUGGGAGCUUGGAGAGCCAGGUGGGAUCUCUCUCAGCCAGGCUGGGGAUGAAGUUCGGAGUCUGGCCAAGCCUGCAGGGUUCUGAGCUGGACGGUCCAGCAGGGGGGUGAUACAGGCUCUUCUGGAAGGGGAGGAAGCGGGAGGCAGGGCCUGCGUGUGGAGUGGAUCUUCCCUACAGGGGAGGGACGGAUGGUUGGAUACAGGUGACUGGGCUAUUCCAUCCACCUGGAAGCACCUUGGAGCCCUCAGGCUUCUCCUUGACGUCACUCCCCUCCCUUCCUUGUUGCAAAGUGGCUCUGCACCAGCAGCCCCCAGGAGGUCUGGCACAGCUGAGAGCCACGGCCUGCGGGGGCUCCAUAUGUCCCUACACAUGCAGCAGCCAAACAAGAAAGACCAUCCUGAGCCGCUCUGACCCAACUCAGACUCAUCUCGUUUGCCCUAUCCUCCCUCCCUCCACCCCUCCUCCCCUCCUCCCGUCCCCCCCUCCCCAGGCACCCUGUUCCCUAUGCCUGGCUCCAUCGGAAGGAGGCCUCACUUGGGAGCUGAAGAUCUUUGCCUUCAGCUCCUUUGAUUCUAAACUUCUCAAGGGCAGGGCCUCUGCCUGUUACUUUUCCCACCCCCAGCACCUAGCAUGGCGCAGGGUGAGUACUGUGCUCAAGGCAUUUGCUCUGAGUGGUUGAGGAGAGCAAGCUGGCUUGUUUGGGCCCCAAGACUGCUGUGCAGAUGACAAAAGCUGUGGUCCCAUCCCUUGCCAGCCUGCCCCAUCUCCCCCAGAGCCCCGAGGUGUGUUGACCUGCCCUGAACCCUUCAGAGCAGCCUGUGUGUGCACCUUGGAAAGCACCAUCCCGAAGCCCGAGUCUGCACCCAGGAGCCCAGGCCGAACGGCUGCUCCUGGGAUCGGGCAGCAGACUUCUCCCCAGCUCUGUCCAGGCCCGAGAGUGGGCCCUUGGCAGCUAACAGAUAUGGCCACUGGGUUCUCGAAACGGCGUGGAGGCUCCAGGUAGGAAGCUGAGCAGGGGGAGCUUCCAGUUGUUCUGGUCCUAGGGGGUCUCCUCCUUCCAAACCCCGAAGUCUCUCUCCCUGACACUCCCAGGGCACACCUGCCUGCCUUUGACACCCUGGCCCAGGCCCCACCACACCUCGCUUCUCUCCCACAACCCCCCACUCAUGGCUCAUCUGAUCUCUGGCUCCUGUCUACUUCUGUGCACGCAGCCCCAGCCUCCCCUCUCCUCCCACCUGUUCUUCGGAGGCCUCAGAGCUCUCAGGUCCAGCCUUCCAGACCCGCUGUCCUGGGACAGUGAUGUUCGCUCCUGUUAUCCACAUCUCCCGUCCACCUUGCAUGUGAUAAAGAGAGUAAAUAAAGCUGCAUCUACUGCUCACUCAA